UAAUAAGAUAAUCGAUUAGCAUGUCAUGCAGAUGGGGGCGGAUUGAUGAAGCCACGCCUCCAGUAAACUGAAAUUGAACUGAAAAUCAUUAAAUGUAUACUAUUAUAGCGUGAAGAGCCAGUGCAGUGCAACUGUUUAUAAAGCAUCAUAAACACACUCUCCUGUUCAUCUUCAGCUUCAUGUCUGAGCGCAUCGGCUUCAUCACGCGCGUGCAGAGCUUCAGCGCGUGCCAUCGCUUACACAGCAAAUCAUUAAGUGAUGAGGAGAACAAAAGAAUAUAUGGAAAAUGCAACAAUCCUAAUGGCCAUGGUCAUAACUACACAGUUGAAGUGACGGUUCGUGGAAAGAUUGACAGAAACACAGGAAUGGUAAUGAACCUUACUGAUUUGAAGGAGUAUAUUGAGGAGGCCAUCAUGAAACCUCUUGACCAUAAGAAUCUGGAUCUGGAUGUGCCGUAUUUUGCUGAUGUUGUCAGCACCACAGAAAACCUGUCAGUGUUUAUUUGGAACAAUAUGGUAAAGCUUCUCCCACCCGACAGCCUGUAUGAAAUCAAAAUAUAUGAAACGGACAAAAAUAUUGUGGUAUACAGAGGUGAAUAGUGUAUGAGCUGCUUGUUCAUGCGGCGACUCUCAGUACAGCAGCAAACAGCGAUUGAUUUCAAGAAAGUAUAUUAGGUGAAAGUGGCACCUGCUGCGUUUCACUACACUAUGGGAUUAAUGUAAGUCAGUGGGAAUUUGGCUCAGCUGUCCAGCAUGUGAGAUUGAUCCUAUUACACACAGAGAUUACACACACGCACACACACACACACACACAAAAUCUUUUUCCAAAUUAAUUAACAGCCUUCCCCUCAGUGCCCAUUGUCUUUAUGGACCCAUAUUCAUUCUCAAAGUAAGCCUGUUUGAACAGAACAAAAAUAUAUCUUAGAAUAUUUUAAUAAUAUUUUUGUACUUAAAUGUGUUUCAAUGCAUGUUAAUUAUGUAUCCUUUGCUAAUACUCUAAUUUUUUUCAAUGCAUUUUCUAAAAAAAAGUUCAUUUGUACUUCCAAUAGAUGGCGCUACAAGUGUGUCAGAUUUCAUUCCAACAAAGUUUGCCAUCAAAAACAUGUAUAUCAAGAUAUAAAUCUCUGUGUAAUCCAGGAAAAGAUGCUAUACAUUUUUAAAGUUUGUUGUUCUAGAUGUUUGACUGUGCUUCUGUUUUGAAGAUUAAACACUACACCAGCAGCCGGACUGAUUCAUGUCUGUGCAGU